AUAAUAAGCUAAGAUAUUCGUUUAUCGUCUUCACUCCUCUCUCUCUUUUUCUGAAAGUAAAUAAUCGAAGAGAGAGUGUUGGAGUCGUUCGUUCGUUUAUGGAAGAAGAAGAAGAUCGAAACAGCGACGAAGAAUCAGAAUCAGAAUCAGAACACCAAUUACUCUUUCGUUCGCUAUUCAUAAUUAAUUUCUGAAUGAAACCAUGGGUGGUAAAAAGACCAGCAAGACCAAGAGCCUUCUCUCCUUUCGCCGCCGCUCCAACAAACUUCCCUCACCGCCUCCCCGCUCUCCACCGCCGACGCUCGAAAUCACCGGUUCACCGUCUGAGAAUCGCCUAGUCCCUAAACCGAAGAAAAAAACCGGUGGUGCUAGAUUAUGGAUGCGGUUCGACCGUUUCGGUAAGUCUGAACUCGUUGAGUGGGAGAAAAAUACCAUAAUCCGCCAUGCCGCUAUUCCCGCUAGAGACCUCAGAAUUCUUGGCCCUGUCUUCUCUCAUUCCUCCAAUAUCCUCGCGAGAGAGAAAGCAAUGGUUGUGAAUUUGGAGUUUAUAAAAGCAAUUGUUACAGCUGAAGAGAUUUUAUUGCUUGAUCCUUUGCGUCAAGAGGUUCUUCCAUUUGUUGAACAAUUGAGGCAACAGCUUCCACAUAAGACUCAACCUAAGCUUCUUGGAGGUGCUGGUGGCGGUGAUGAGUCUGUGCCUGAGGGUGCUGAAGAGCUUCCGCUUCCUUUUGAAUUUCAGGUGUUGGAGAUUGCUUUGGAAGUUGUUUGUACAUAUCUGGAUAAAAAUGUUGCUGAACUUGAGAAAGGUGCUUAUCCUGUGUUGGAUGCUUUGGCCAAGAAUGUUAGUACUAAGAAUCUUGAACAUGUUAGAAGCUUGAAGAGUAAUCUUACUCGUUUGCUUGCACGUGUGCAGAAGGUGCGAGAUGAGAUUGAACAUCUGUUAGAUGACAAUGAAGACAUGGCUCAACUCUAUUUGACAAGGAAGUGGUUGCAGAAUCAACAACUUGACGCUCAUUUGGGAGCCACCGCCUCGAACAACCUUUUAAAUACUUCACAUUCUGUUCGACGAAUCAAUUCUACCAGAAGUGGAAGUCUUGUGACUAGCAGCGAUGAUAAUGAUGUGGAGGACUUGGAGAUGAUGCUUGAAGCAUAUUUUAUGCAAUUGGAUGGGACUCGUAACAAGAUAUUGUCUCUUUCUCUUGUUUUGAGGAUGGACCAAGGAGGGAAACUGGGUUGUUUGUUGCUAGUUUCGGUAAUAUACUACUAAGAGGCUGCCCUUAGGAUUCACUAGCUGAUAGAGCAGAGAUGAGUAAGUAUCUAGCUGGGUUGUUUAUUAUUGAUUGAUAAUGAAAUGAAGUAUAGUCUGUAAAUUGCAGUCUAGAGCAUAAGCUCCUCAGAGAAGAGACAUUUCUCUCUCUGCCUAAACCAUACGUUCCUAACUGAAUGAUUCUUUCUUUCCCUCCUACACACCUCUUAUACUCCCUCUCACGUGUAUUUCCCCUCCAUUCUCUAACUAACUUGCCAGCUCACCAUUUUCUCUCCAAUUGGGCUUUUAUAACCAUGGGCCCUAUCACUAGCUUACAAAACUUAUCUUCAGAUUUUCCUCCGCAGUGGUACUGGUAGUUCAGUCCAUUUUUAUUUUUUUUUGUAGGAUUUAGAAAUAGUCUGGAUCAUGAAAAAACUGGAUGUUGUCUCCUACUCCUUUUCCUUUACUAUUUUACAACAGAACUCGGAGAAUGACCAAGUCUAUCAUAAAACUUUAGGGUUCAACAAAUUAUUGAUGAUUUUAAAAUGUUAGCUGAAUUUGACUGGCAUGUCAAAUAUUAUGACAAUUUGAUUGGAAUCUUGAUUAUUGUUUCAUUUCAUUGUUCUUCAU